AUGGCGGGCACGGCGAAGAAGCCCGGGCUCUUCGAUCUCCCGCAAGAGCUCCUCGACGACAUCUUCGACUGCGCCUACCCAGAGGAACAGGGAGUGGAGUUCGUUGCCAAAAGGAACUGGUCGCACACUCAAUUCUAUCACACGCGGGAAGAUUCGUCAUAUCAAACACGACCAUUCCCCACCCCAAAAGUAUGCGACUUCCUCGUCAGCAAGACCUUCCUCCAAAACGCUGCCAAAGCGUGGAUCGGCAAUCAAGUCAUCGACGCUCUGCUGCCGGCCAUGCUGAGCCUGGGCCGACGAACUGAGAGCAACGAGGAUCUCAAUCUCCUCUUCAAGUACUCCAGAAAGGUACUUUGGGGGUUGCUGCACGCCGAAGACUUCUUCCAAUUCUCUGCAGUCAAAGAAGUGAGGAUGCCAGUGGAGUCGUGCAAGCUUCUGACCGACUCCAAGUAUCCCUGGCAGUCGGUCUAUGACGACGAAGACAUCAAGAAGACCGAGAUCUAUCAGCAAGUCUGCAAAUUCCGUGGAUUGACAAGCUUUGAGGCUGUCACCAGCGACUGGUACGAGAUUGAGGAAAAGAGUCAGACCGAACAAGACAUCUGGAACGCCAAUCUUCGGAAGUUCGAGCAGCUGGUGACGAUUGAGGCGACUAAGCCCAAGCCCGAGCCCGAGCUCAAGAAUGAGCAGGAGCAGGAGCAGGAGCCGACAAAGGAGUUGGACCCGGAGGACGACGACUCAUACCAGGCUAAGAAACUCGAGUCACAGCUACUGACCCGCCUCGUUCUGAACUAUGCCAACGAGGGAGGCCCGGCGCAACUCAGCUCGAGCGACAUACCGGACUCGUAUCAAGAUAUCGUCAAGAUGCUGGUUUCUACGCCUAAGAAGUUCUUGGAUUGGGUACUGGCAGCCAAGGCAAAAGAGCAAGAGGUGCCAAAAGAGGACGAUGGCGGAAAUGAAGCAAAGAAGGAGGACAAGGGAGAUGCGGACAAAGACGGCCACGCGGAGUCGACUGAGGAGCGUCCUAGCAAGAGGCAGAAGACGCACUAG